AUUUUUAUUCGGCGCUCUACUGCAACUUUUUAACUUAUAUGUGUAAGGAGCUACUUUAGUGGCUCCUCACGACUAAUUACAUUUCAGUAGUGGUGUGCAAAUUGUGUGUUUUAGUUGUGUUUCGAUUACGCUAGCGGCUCUUUGUUACAUACAACUGCUUUAGCUCAUCACCUCAUGCAUGGAUCAGCGUUUGCUAACCACAGCUAGCAGGGACUCAAAAACAUGCAUUUCAGCACAACACGGAGACGUAGAGGUCCAACAAACACGAUGGCCUCACAUAUUUUAAAUCAGCCUCCGUGUAUGAUCCAUAUUGUAGCUUGCAUUAAUAAAUUUAAUCACUGAGAGUGUUGGCAUAAGGGUUGAAUGAACGUGGGAUCAUUUUGUGUUUUGAACACGCCUCCAGUCAGAACCAAAACAGGCCCCUUGGGAAACUUAUUCUGUUUUUAACAGCAAAUUGGAAUAAACUAUGGUGAGGACCCAGUAUCUCAUCAGAAAUGUCUGUGAGGGAGCCUUUUAACCCUGAAAGCUACGAGCUGGACAAGAACUUCAGGCUCACACGCUAUGCAGAGCUCAAGGGCACGGGCUGCAAGGUACCACAAGAUGUGUUACAGAAGCUGCUAGAAUCCUUACAGGAGAACCACUACCAAGAGGAUGAACAUUUCCUGGGAGCAGUCAUGCCUCGGUUAGGCAUAGGCAUGGACACAUGUGUCAUCCCUCUCAGACACGGUGGGCUUUCUCUUGUCCAGACAACAGAUUACAUCUAUCCUAUUGUGGAUGACCCCUACAUGAUGGGAAGAAUUGCUUGUGCCAAUGUUUUAAGUGACCUGUACGCCAUGGGAGUGACGGAGUGUGACAACAUGUUGAUGCUUCUGGGAGUCAGCAACAGAAUGUCAGAGAAAGAAAGAGACAAAGUGAUGCCCCUGAUCAUUCAGGGAUUCAAAGACGCUUCAGAGGAGGCUGGCACGUCUGUCACAGGGGGACAGACGGUGCUCAACCCCUGGAUCGUGAUGGGAGGAGUUGCUACAACAGUCUGCCAGCCCAACGAGUUUAUCAUGCCAGACAACGCCGUGCCAGGGGACGUGUUGGUUCUGACCAAACCUCUGGGAACACAAGUGGCCGUAGCGGUGCACCAGUGGUUAGAUAUCCCUGAGAAGUGGAACAAGAUCAAGCUGGUGGUGACCCAGGAAGAUGUGGAGCUCGCCUACCAUGAAGCCAUGAUGAACAUGGCGCGGCUCAAUCGUACAGCUGCCAGUCUUAUGCACACCUUCAAUGCCCAUGCAGCCACUGACAUCACGGGGUUUGGCAUCCUUGGCCACGCUCAGACACUGGCACGACAACAGCGGAGCGAGGUGUCCUUUGUCAUCCACAACCUGCCGGUUCUUGCCAAGAUGGCUGCCGUGUCCAAAGCCUGUGGGAACAUGUUUGGACUCAUGCACGGCACCUGCCCUGAAACAUCAGGAGGCCUGCUUAUCUGUUUGCCCCGGGAACAGGCUGCUCGCUUCUGUGCUGAGAUCAAAUCCCCUAAAUACGGCGAGGGCCAUCAGGCGUGGAUCAUCGGCAUUGUAGAGAAAGGAAAUCGCACCGCUCGCAUCAUUGACAAGCCGCGAAUCAUUGAGGUGGCUCCUCAAGCGGCCACGCAGAAUGUCAACCCAACGCCCGGCGCAACUUCCUAAUCUUCCAUUUGCUGCAUCAUAGACCUGAACCCAAAACCCGUGUUGAGAGAUUGUAGACCUACAGGAUCAUCGUAGAGUGUUGAAACAUAUACACACAAUAGUAAAGAAACAAAACAAAGACUGGGUUUGUGAACAUCACCAUGGAAACAGCCCCAAACAGUUGCCUUGAGGGCAUGUCGCCACCUAGUGGACUUAAGCUGCAGUGUCCCCAUGAAAAGAAAUUGGCAGAGUAUCCUUUUAAUCCGUUUGCCCUUUUCUGACUUUUUCGUUGAACGUGCUUGAUUGGCAGUAAUCUGAUCACGGUUGAUUCAUUUUGAAUCUGUGCUAAUCUGCAGUCUGUUGCCUCUUUUAAAGUUCUUCUCACCAAACAAGCACAGUGUACUUCUGUUUGUCUGCUCACGUUGUACAGAUCUAAAGCCUCAUUUUAGUUCCUUGCUGUAUUGGAUGCCUUGAGAGUUGUAGUGUGACCAGAAUGGCUUAUUUUUUAUUACUUUAACUUUUUUGUAUCGUCCCCACACAAACUAAUAAAAACUUAAAUACCA